CUCAGGGCAUCGACACCGUGUCCUGGGAUGCGCCUGAAGCCUCCCAUCCCUCACCCGCAGAGCCCCUCGACAGCUGGGAGCCGAGAUUGGUCCAAUCCAAACACAGCAGCGUCCGACCCCGCCGUGUGCAUUGGGCUUGCCAGCCCUUUCGCGCUCAUGCGAUGCGACGCCCCUCAGCCGCCGCCGACCCAACCGCAGGCCGCAGCGACAAGAGCCCAAGUCCGCGACCAGGCGCUGUGCGCGCAAAUUUCUCGCUCUCGACCCACCACGUCUUCAGUGCCCUGGUCGUGCUGCUAGUGCUUGUUUUGCAGUUCCUAGCCCCGCGCCUGCCGCACGAGCUCCUCCGCCUCACGCCCACAAACGACUCUCGCGAUCCCACCCUCUCCGCGUUCUCCCCCCGCGAACACCCUCUGCACAGAGAACCCCCCGUCUGCCCGAGUCCCUCGCAGCGCACCGCGUCCGCCGGCACCUUCAACAAGCGAAUCAACAGAGACACCGCGCGCAGCAUGGCAUUGGCAGAGCAGGCAAAGCGCGUCGCCGACGAGUUCAGCUUCGGGCCCGAUGCCGUCAACAAGGCUGUGAAGGAGUUCAUUCGGGAGAUGGACGAGGGCCUGUUGCAGGAGGGCACAGAGCUGAGCCAGAUCCCCACUUACGUCACUGCCGUCCCCAAUGGCACCGAGAAGGGCCUCUACAUGGCCGUCGACCUCGGCGGCACCAACUUCCGCGUGUGCUCCAUUCAAUUGCAUGGCAACACCACCUUCUCGCUCACCCAGAGCAAGGUCGCCAUACCCAAGGAGCUCAUGGUCGCGAAGACGUCCCAGGAGCUUUUCUCUUUCCUCGCGAAGCAGAUCGAGAACUUCCUCAAGGCGCACCAUGAGGAACACUACACUGGCUUCCUCAGGCGCAGGAAUACCGGAGGAGACGCCAAGGAGGAGGAAAUUUUCAACCUGGGCUUCACCUUCUCGUUCCCCGUGAACCAGAUUGGCAUCAACAAAGGCCUGCUCAUGCGAUGGACCAAGGGUUUUGAUAUUGCUGACGCUGUAGGCAAAGACGUGUGCGCCCUGCUUCAGACAGAAAUCGACGCAUUGGGCCUUCCCGUUCGUGUAGCCGCUCUUGUCAAUGAUACCGUCGGAACCCUCAUGGCUCGCUCGUACACCUCUCCCGGGAAGACCGGUACGCUGCUGGGCGCAAUCUUCGGCACUGGCACAAACGGCGCAUACGUGGAGAAGCUCGACAAGGUCACAAAGCUCACAAAGAGCAAAGACUCGGGCGACUACGACAAGUCGACGGGCGAGAUGAUCGUCAACACCGAGUGGGGCUCGUUCGACAACUCGCUGCGUACUCUCCCGAACACUCCUUACGACACGGAGCUCGACGAGAAGUCUGUGAACCCGGGCAUACAAAUGUUCGAGAAGCGCGUAUCUGGCAUGUUCCUCGGCGAGAUCCUGCGUCUAGCCAUCAUCGGCCUUCUCAAAGACCCCACUUUCCCGCUCUUCCGUGACGAGAACUCGGCACAGAACGACAUCCAUAGCACUACCCAGAUCUACGACAACUCGCCGCUGUACAAGCAGUGGGGCAUUGACACCAGCUUCCUCAGCAUCUGCGCCGGAGACACUAGCCCUGGCUACAGGAUGAUUAGGCAGACCCUGGACAAAGACUACGGCAUCACCGCCGUGAGCGCCGAGGACGCAGAAGCCGUCAGGGCCAUCGCAGCCGCAAUUGGGCGUCGCGCAGCACGUCUUGCAGCCGUUGCGAUUGCUGGCAUUGUCAUCAACACCGGCAGACUAGACGGUGCUAAGGGCACCGCAACAACAGAGCAAAAGGAGGGCAUCAACCCCCCGAGAGGCGACGUGGAGCCCUCCGAAGAGGAUGUCAUCGAUGUUGGUGUCGAUGGCUCGCUCGUGGAAUUUUACCCCAAUUUUGAGGACCACAUUCGCGAAGCGCUGCGCGAGAUAGAAAGCAUUGGCGAGAAGGGUGAGAAGCGCAUCAGAAUUGGGAUUGCCAAGGACGGCUCUGGUGUUGGCGCAGCAUUGAUUGCGCUUGUGGCGGGUAGAGUCAAUGUUGACACGGAGUAGAGGCAACGACGUGAUGAAGAGCUGGUACUGGGGCAAAAUCCAUGGUGACACGAAUCUUGGUGCUAAAUUAGCAUAUACCUACAAUGAAGGAUAAAGUGCGGAGUCAGCUUGCUGCAUAAUGUUUAUGUGAUACGUCGUAAAUACGAU